AUGUCUAGAGAAGUCUGCUCAGAAAACAAAAUCGCCACGACCAAAUACCCGUGCCUGAAGGCUUCGGGCGAGCUCACCACGUGUUUCAGGAAAAAGUGCUGCAAAGGGUACAAGUUUGUUCUUGGACAAUGCAUUCCAGAAGAUUAUGACGUGUGCGCCGAGGCCCCCUGCGAACAGCAGUGCACGGAUAACUUCGGCCGCGUGCUGUGUACUUGUUACCCGGGAUACCGCUACGACCGCGACAGACACCGGAGGCGGGAGAAGCCCUACUGCCUGGAUAUCGACGAGUGUGCCACCAGCAACGAGACCCUGUGUGCACACAUCUGUAUCAACACCUUGGGCAGCUACCGCUGUGAAUGCCGGGAGGGCUACAUCCAGGAGGACGAUGGGAGGACAUGCACCAAGGGAGACAAAUACCCCAACGAUACUGGGCAGGACGGGAAGGCCGAGACCGCCGUGAGAGCCGGGACGUGCUGCGCUUCGUGCAAGGAGUUCCACCAGAUGAAGCAGACGGUGCUGCAGCUGAAGCAAAAGAUCGCCCUGCUCCCCAACAGUGCCGCCGACCUGGGCAAGUACAACACUGGUGACAAGGUGCUGGCCUCAAACGCCUACCUUCCAGGACCUCCUGGCCUGCCUGGGGGCCAGGGCCCUCCUGGCUCACCAGGACCAAAGGGCAGCCCAGGCUUCCCCGGUAUGCCAGGCCCUCCCGGGCAGCCCGGCCCACGGGGCUCAAUGGGACCCAUGGGACCAUCUCCUGAUUUGUCCCACAUUAAGCAAGGCCGGAGGGGCCCUGUGGGCCCGCCAGGCGCACCAGGAAGAGAUGGCUCUAAGGGGGAGAGAGGAGCACCUGGACCCAGAGGGUCUCCGGGACCGCCUGGUUCUUUUGAUUUCCUGCUGCUGAUCCUGGCUGACAUCCGCAAUGACAUCGCUGAGCUGCAGGAAAAGGUGUUCCGGCACCAGCCUCACACUUCAGCAGAAGGCCUCCCUUUGCCUCAGGAAUUUCCCAGCUACCCAGAAGCCAUGGACUUGGGCUCUGGAGAUGACUACCCGAAGGGAACCGAGACAGGAGACUUGGAGACCCCCAGGGACUUUUAUCCUUAGCACGCACCAAUGUCUUCAUGCUGAAGGAAGAGAAAAGAAGAGUUCUCAUACCUGCAGUUAAGUCAUCUAAAGAGAGGACAAGAAAUCGAAACCCACCACUGGAGACCUAGACAAGACACAUUUCUGUUUUCUUUACUCUUUUCCUGCCUUCUACCUACUUCUUUUCUUCCAAAUACUAUUUUGUGAGGCCCCUGCUAGACAUGCUAGAGACAUGAAGGAGACAGACGAUUGAUUUACAGGACCCUCUGAGAGCAAUUGACAUUGGAACUGCACUUUUAUUUAUUUUUUAGGAACUUCUGGUUUCUGAUUUAAGUACUCAUAGUACCAUAAAUUUGACAGAAUAAAAGAGAAAGGUGGCAAGGUGAGCUUGAAGAAAUGUAAGGCUACUUAUUUAAAAAAUUAGACAUGUGUCCAAAAGAGACUAUGACACCUCAGUGUCAAAAUAAGGCUCUUCAAUGAAAAGGAGGAGACAACAGUGUAUAUUUACUUUGGUGGAUAAUUCUUUGUCCUUGUUGAUCUAACAGAUUUUCAGUAUUCCAGCCUCUUGCCCAACCUCAUUUCCCAGUUGUAAUUACAGAUCGGAGAGAGUUAAGGAAGAGGGGAGAUUAGGGAAGAUGGAGAAAAUUAGUCAUAAUAUUUACCGUCAUGUAGGUGGCCACAUUCUAAAUUCAAAUAGGACUAUCCAGUGUUCAUGCCAUGCUUGUCUAUAGCACCUUCAGGAAAGGAAGUUACUGUAGGUGUGGGACUAACUCCUCUUUUCCAAAAAGAGAAGUGAAUAAAGGUCCUGAUUCACACUAGGAAAAUGGGCUCCUGGCUUGCCAGGACAUUUUAAGGCUGUUUGAUCGAAUGAGUGGGCCUCCUCAGUAAAUCAGAAUAUUUGUUGAACAAGGGUGGCAGACCCUUAGAGAGAGGUACAGAAAUUCCCAGGCUCUGAGGGGGCGGCCAGAGCUGCCAUGAGGCUAUGAUUCAGGUUGGAUCCAUGCCCAGUGGGGCUCAGGGCUAGAAGGAGGUGGCUGGCUCGGGUUGUCAGCCACGGGAAGGGGAACCUCAUGCAGGGACCCCACUAAUCAUCAGAGGCAAGUCAAUUUGCUCCCUUUGGGAAUUAGAAGUCCUCGUCUGGGGCCAGCCAAGCUUGUCAACAAAGAGAAUUAUAUGCUAUUGAAAGUUCUCGUAGAUGUGGAGGGGAAAUAAAACAAUAGUUUUCCUUGUUUGGCAAGAAUUUCCUUCCCACUAGUCCCAUUUUUCCUUAAUUGUCCAUAAUUUAGUUCAAGUUCCAGUUCUUGCAGGCCUUCUCGUUGAUUUCCCAUUCCCAGCAAAUGUGAGGUUGGGAAGGGGGUAUUUUCCCAAACCUCUCGUUCAGUCCCUGUUUGCUUAUGCAUCUCUGGGUCCUAGAGGGAAGCAGAUUCUGGAAAAGGCUCUCUCUGGCAGGAGCGUCUCCUCCUUGGUAGUAUCGUUGGGGAACCUCUUGGCUUUGAUGGGCAGCUUGCAGGUUCCUUGAAGUUCACAUUCUCAUUUGCCUCACGGAGAUGGCUUUUCAUCCACCUGUUCAGGAGCCCUUCACCGUGACAUUGAACCUCACCAGUUAUCCUGCCGCAACUCAUGUUAGCUCAUCUUGGGGUUUCUACUUCCCAUCCUGUGGGUUCCCCCUGAAUUUCUGGGAGAUUCGUGCUUCGUUUUCUCUUCCUAUCUAACACUCCUCCUGGGAAACUUGUUUCAAGAGAACCGCUGUUGGUGUUUGCUUGCCACUUUUCCAUCUUUCUUCAGAAUGAUCGGAAGGGCUUCUGUCUGCGAAUCUCAAGUGACAACAGCCUUCCUUCCCAUCACAUGAGCAACGCGGGGACUCCAGUCAGCCAGUUGCCGAGUUUUUCACAAACAUGUCCCUCCUUCCUUGUGCAAAAUCCCAGGGACUGCUCAUCAAAAUGUUACAGCUGAAAGCAAGCACGUUCCCAGCGCUCCUCUCCUAGCACCUUCCCGUCCCUGUGCAGCCUCCCAAGGCACGGGGUCACGAAGCAACGAACUGAGCAGCUGCUGCUUCCCAUCGGGAAUAUAUUGAACAUUCACCUGCUUGUGGAGCACAGUAUUUAAAGGGUGUGGAUGGAUGAAUGCUAAAGAAGAUUAUGCACAGGCUCUAUGAGAAAUGAUUAGGUCUGUCUUUGAUUUUUUUUUUAAUAAGGGAAUUUCAUUACCUUUUUCUUAACAGUGAACUGUGUUUAGAACUGUAAUCUUUAUUGUUAAGUGCUUAUAAAAUGCAAGCAAACUGCAUGUUGGACAUGCAGAAGCCAUGAUAAAUGUAUUAAAGAAUGAACUGAUGUGGUAAUAUCUGGGAUUCAUGAAACUAUUCUAGAUAAUAUUCUCCAGCAAAACACACAAUAACCUUUGCUUUAUCAUCUCAGUCUGCUGGAUUGAAUCAAUUUAUAAAAUAAUGUUUCAUCCUAAAAUCUUCAAAAGUUGGACUAGGACCACAGGACUCAAUAUGUAUUCCGGAUGCCCAGAUUGUGUUUUUCAAAGAUAAGACACAAUAAGGCACUGUUACUUCUAAUGUAUCUUUCAGUUAUGGAUAGAAAACCAAAGCUUUGCUGUGUAAACAGGCCAUCUGCUUGAAACCAAAUGGAAAAGCCAUUUGGGGGGUAAAACGUGCUACAGUUUUGCUAAGCCACUUCAUGGUUCAAGGGGGGAAAGGCCUUUGUGUACCUCUUCAACGCUCUAGCAAAAAUGUUCAGUUGUUUGCACCCUGAUAACUACACUUGUGAAUAGGACUUAAUCGAUUGCUUCUGUUUCCGGAAAGCAAUGGGAAUAAAAACCUGCUAUUGAAAGUAGUGCAGGGAAGGCAUGCAUUUUAGUUUGGGAAUGUCCCCCUGCCUUACAAGUUCCAGAAGAGGAAAUUCUUAGCUAUACUGUGCCAAGGGAUGUGGAGUCACAGAGGUAAUGCUGUCUUCUCUCUUUGUCAAUUCCAACACCUGCCACAAAAUGAACUGACCAACUGAAGUCAUUUCUGCAGUAUAAGCUCAGACAGGUGUGUCCACAGUUAAACAGGUAAAUAAUUAAUGCACACUGCACGGGGGAGGAGUAUCACCCCACCACACACUCGGGAAGGGCACCCUGGUUCUGGUUAUGCUCCCUUUCCAGGGUUUAUAACUACUUUGGCCUGUGAGCCCUGUUUCCAGACAUGCAGGAGAAGAUGAUCUCUGUGCCAGACAUCUCCUUGAGGUGACAGCAAAUCCCUCAUCCUACUUUGGGUGUCACUGUCCCUCCCCCUCUUCCCCCACUCCAGCCUGUCUCAGAGACAGCAGCCUCGUUGUGCAAACUUAACAUCUGUCAGAUAACGUUCCUGAAAAGACAUGUAUUUGCAGGAAUCCGGGCCAAACAACUAGUAGAAUAGAGCCAUCUAAAUUAUUAAUGAUGAAUUCAGGGAAAUAGAUGGAUUUUUUCCUGGCACUGUCAGCAUGUAUGUUUCACAACAAAUCAAAAAAUGAUUUUCCAUUUGAGAGAAAAAAAAGACCGUUUCAUAAUUGUUAAAAAUCUUGGACUCCGUGUGCUCCUUCAACAAAUACUAGUGCUUUAGGGAAACCAUAGGAAAACAACCUUUUCCACACCCCCCAGGGACCUCGGUGUUCUUUAUUAUAUCCCCAAAGCGACUGCCCUGGGGGUGUCACACGUGUCAUGACUCUCUCCACUGCCCAGUGACUAGUCAUAUUCUUCAGUGGCUAUUUUGUUCAUUAUUUAUAACAGGUCCAUAUAACAGUUGAGCUAGUGUUAAAAUAGUUAUGGAUGUGAUACUAUGAAGUGCUUCUGAUAAGAUUGUAUAUGCUUAAUAACAAAGUUAUUUUUCUUA